AUGGAGGGCGUCAAUUCCAACAUCUACUCUAGAAAUUGGAAUUUUGUCAUUAAACCGCUGAAAGCUCAAUCGACUACAAUAACACACCUCCGAUGCUGUGCUUAUGAUACUCAUAAAAUAAAUGUAUAUUAUCUUGUGUGUUUCAGUUUCGUGAAAGAUGGAGUCUUAUACCUGAAGCCGACCCUUACUACGGAUGAAUAUGAAGAAGAUGUGUUAUACAGGGGCGCUAUCGCUGAACCAGGUUGCAACAUGGAUCCCUGCGUGUCGUACGCUGGUGAGGACAUCGCUUUGCCCAUUCAGUCCGCUAGGAUACGGACAAUCAACAGCUUCUCAUUUCUGUACGGCCGGGUGGAAGUUAGAGCUAAGCUGCCCAGAGGCGAUUGGAUCUGGCCAGCAAUAUGGAUGAAGCCCCGGCACAAUGAAUAUGGCCCUUGGCCGUCUUCAGGUGAGAUAGACAUCAUGGAAGCUCGUGGCAACAAGAAGCUGACCACUGCAGCUGGUGUUUCGCAGGGCGUCGAUACGAUUGGGGCAACACUCCACUUCGGACUCAAUUCGUCAUAUAAUAUCUGGAGGCGUACUCACUGGGAAUUGAGUAUAGCAGAUUCUGGUCGAGAUUUUGCAGACGACUUUCAUGUGUUCGGUCUGGAAUGGACUGCUGAACAUCUGAACUUCACUAUUGACGGCAAGUUAAUUGGGUCAAGAGGUGUCCCCCCUGGUGGGUUCUGGAGCUUGGGAGGUUUCGAUAAGAUUGAAGGAGUGCACAAUAUCUGGAAAAGUGGAAAACCCAUGGCACCUUUUGACAAAAAGUUUUUCCUAAUUCUGAACGUGGCUGUGGGAGGCAAUUUCUUCACAGAUGGCUGGUACAACUCUCCUCACCCUAAACCCUGGAACAGAAGCUCCCCUCAUCCCAUGCAAGACUUCUGGGAGCACAGAGAUUGGUGGCUGCCAACAUGGGAUGAAGAGGAUAUAUCUCUGAAAGUCGAUUAUGUAAGAGUGUAUUGUUACGACUGCGAGUAAACUGCAGAUACUUGUCUCCCCACUGCGCAUAUGCCAAGCCUCUGCUCUUCAGUUCUAGCCUCUGGAGUCCGCACUCAGUAGCAGCUCCGUCAAAAUUAUGCAGAAUAUUCACUGGAUGUUGAAGAUCUCGUCCAACACUUUUCAUUAUCCAGAGAGUGAAUACUUACGCCCACUGCCUAAUUCUGUGUAUUAUACAGAUUUUGGUGUUAAGUG